CCCUACUUCCAGCCCCGCCGACCCUACCUCGUGAGACCGUACCGACCCGAGGACAAACCCAAACUCUACUCACUUUGGCGGCGUCUCCUUCUCCGGCGUAUCGGCCUUGCCGUGGAUGCGCUUCCCGAGGAGUACAAGGAUCUGCCUGGUGACCGAUACCUCCUCGCCUACCUCGAACACUCACCCCAACAUUGUUUGGUGGUGGAGGGCCCGCCCCUCUUCUUCAUGCCUCCCCUGGACAACCAACUGUCGACUCCCUCUCAGCCGAAACCAGAGAGCAACGGCAGCGAGUGGGACAUU